AUGUCCAAAGCCACAGACACGGACCGUAAAGUGGAGAUCUGCACUCGAGCCUAUAAACUACUGGUCAGUAAAGUGGGAUUUGACCCCAACGACAUCAUCUUUGACCCCAACAUCCUCACCAUCGGCACCGGCAUGGACGAACACCAACGACUACGCCGCUCAAUUCAUCAGAGCCACAAACUCAUCAAGGAGACAUUACCCAGAGCCAGAGUGAGCGGAGGUCUGUCCAACCUUUCCUUCGCCUUCAGAGGAAUGGAGGCCAUACGAGAGGCCAUGCACGGAGCGUUUCUCUACCACGCCAUCAAGGAUGGGAUGGACAUGGGCAUAGUGAAUGCUGGGAAUUUACCGGUGUACGACGACAUCGACAAAGAGCUGCUGCUGCUGUGUGAAAACCUGAUCUGGAACCGAGACGCUGAGGCCACAGAGAAACUACUGUCCUACGCACAGAACAACGUCAAAGGAGCGAAGAAGGCCGCUCAGACCGACGAGUGGAGGGAAACUAGUGUGGAAGAGAGGCUGGAGUACGCCCUCAUCAAGGGAAUAGAGAAGUUCGUGGUGGAGGAUGUGGAGGAAUGCCGUUGUCAGGUGGACCGCUACACUCGACCCCUCCACAUCAUCGAGGGCCCCCUGAUGAACGGCAUGAAGGUGGUGGGGGAUCUGUUUGGAGCUGGGAAGAUGUUCCUGCCACAGGUGAUCAAGUCGGCCCGAGUUAUGAAGAAGGCGGUGGGAUAUCUGAUUCCAUUUAUGGAGAAGGAGAGGGAGGAGAUGAUGGCGUCGUCAGGGGCAACCGAGGAUGUGGAUCCAUAUCAGGGCACCAUCGUUCUGGCCACAGUCAAGGGGGACGUCCACGAUAUCGGAAAGAACAUUGUAGGUGUGGUCCUGGGCUGCAACAACUUCAGAGUGAUCGACCUGGGUGUGAUGGUUCCAUGUGACCAGAUCCUCAGAGAAGCUAUUGCACAGAAAGCAGACAUCAUCGGCCUGUCGGGGCUCAUCACGCCGUCUCUGGAUGAGAUGAUCUACGUGGCCAAAGAGAUGGAGAGGCUGGGAAUGAACACUCCUCUGCUGAUCGGAGGAGCCACCACGUCCAAGACCCACACGGCGGUGAAAAUUGCCCCUCGCUACACUUCUCCUGUUGUUCACGUCCUGGACGCCUCCAGGAGCGUCGUGGUGUGUUCUCAGCUCCUGGACGACGUCAUGAAGGACGAGUACUUCGAGGAUCUGAAGGAGGAGUACGAGGAGGUCAGGCAGGACCACUACGACUCCCUGAAGGAUCGUCGGUAUCUGACUCUAUCCCAGGCCAGAGAGAAGGCUUUACACAUCGACUGGAUCUCUGAACCCAAACCAGUGCGUCCUCAGUUCAUGGGAACCCGUGUGUUCGAGUGUUACGACCUCAACAGCCUCCUGGACUUCAUCGACUGGAAGCCUUUCUUCGACGUGUGGCAGCUACGAGGAAAAUACCCCAACAGAGGAUACCCCAAGAUCUUCAAGGACAAAACAGUCGGUCUGCAGGCUCGGCAGGUUUUUGACGACGCACAGAGACUGCUCAACAGAAUGAUUGACAGCUCAAGUCUGAAGGGGCGGGGCUUGGUGGGGUUCUGGCGGGCCCAGAGCGACGGCGACGACAUCAACGUGUACAAAGACGACGUCCGAGUGAACAGAGACUCUAAGCCUGUAGCUGUGUUCCACGGCCUGAGGCAACAGGCGGAGAAGGACAGCGCCAGCUCCGAGCCCUACCUGUGCGUGUCGGACUUCGUGGCUCCGGUCAACAGUGGCGUGGCGGACUAUGUCGGUGUAUUUGCAGUCGGGGUGUUCGGAGCGGAGGAGCUCAGUCAGCGGUUCCAGGAUCAGGGAGACGACUACAACAGCAUUAUGGUCAAAGCCCUGGCAGACCGGCUGGCAGAGGCCUUCGCUGAGGAGCUCCAUGCCCGGGUCCGAAAGGAGCUGUGGGGUUACAGUGCUGACGAAGCCCUGCAGACUUUAGACCUGCACCGGGUUCGGUACCAAGGCAUCAGACCAGCGGCCGGGUACCCCAGCCAACCCGACCACACGGAGAAGACCACCAUGUGGAGCCUGGCCGGGAUCCAGGAGAAGACCGGUAUCGCUCUGACUGAGUCUCUGGCCAUGACGCCUGCUGCCUCGGUGUCUGGACUUUACUUCUCCAACCCUCAGGCCUCCUACUUCGCCGUUGGAAAGAUCACCAAAGAGCAGGUGGAGGACUACGCCAAGAGGAAAGGCCAGAGCGAGUCUGAGGUGGAGAGGUGGCUCGCUCCGAUUCUGGCCUACGACACCGAGGAGUAGGAACCAAAACCAAAACCUGGACCGGAACCCGAACCGGAACCGGAUCCUGAACCCGGACUGCACACGAACAGGUCAACACAACCAGGUUGAACAGUCCAAUCAUUCCACCGGGGCCACAUUUCACAGCAUAUCAUCAGGUUUUACGCAUUUUUUAAACUAGAAAGCUUUUAUUUUUCAAUCCAGCGUCUCUUAUUUCAGUUGAAAUGGUUUUAGUCUCAGCCCACGGGUACGUACUGUCGAUUUCAGAAUAAACACAAGCACUAUAUGGACAAAAGUAUGUGGACACAUUGGAUUCAGGUGUUUCUUUUCUAACAGGGGUCUGGGAUACAAAACAAUAAUGACUAAUGUCAGACUACAGUUUUAUAUUAUGGGUUGAAUAUUAUUGUAUUGGUUAGUGUGGUUUAAAUGAUCUUUGUCUCCAAAAUGCUUCAGAGAUGGUUUUGACUGAUC